CCAACUCCUAUAUUCAGUGAAAAAUAGUCUUUCGGUUGAGUGGGACCUCGCAACAUCAUUGCCGGACCUGUUGUCCCUAAGGGCCGCGGAGGGCGUAGUAGGAUCACCCCGCCAGAGAGCUGCUAGCGUGCCGCUGAAUCAUGAAUGCACGGUUAUUGCUAGCGGCGACAGCGGUUUGCGUAGCCCGGGCCACACUACCUCCCAACUAUGAGUAUUCGUGCAUUCACUAUUGCGAGUCCCUCUACGGCCCCGAAGUGAGGCCUUACUGCUGCAGGAUGGCAAAAGUAUUCCAGGGAGAGGAUUCAAACAACAUUGAAUAUCACCCCACUAUAGAAGAAAACUCCAGUAUCGACGAAUGCCCCACAGUUCGGUCUUUCUGCCCGCGGGCUGGACACUACGCAUUGCCGUUGGUGUGUAGCAACGACGGAGUUUGCGCCUCGUCUGAUAAAUGCUGCUACGAUGCUUGUUUGGAAACCGACAUUUGCAAAACCGCUGUCAAACGGUACCGCAGGUCGCUUCCAGACCAGAGUGAAAACGAUGACCUCGGGGCUGCCAAGGUCUCCAGUGUAAUCUUAACAGAGGGCGGAAACCCUGUUAGUGUCGUUGUUGAUGGCAGUGGCAAACCCGUAACACUGGUGGAAGGAGAUGCUGUGACAAUCGUUGCGACAGGGCCUGUGAACUUCAUAAAUUCUCAGAAUAUAACGUAUAUAUCAGAGGCGGAUAAAACUGCAAGCAGCGAUAGCGUAUCAUCAAAGAAAACAAAGAGAGCAGUUAUAGCUGAAAGUGACAGAGUAUCUAGUAAUGUCAUAUUAUCACCUGUUGACUCGGUAAGCAUUGUAAAAGACCGGUAUGGAAAUGUUAUUGUAAACGAUGAUAAGCCACUGAUAUUAGUGCAGAAGGAAAGGGGUCCCACCAUAAUUCUAAACGACAAUGGCUUGAGCGUACUAGCUGGACAUGACACGAGUAAAGGCGCUGUCUUGGGAGUGGUCACCCCUACCACUGUUCCAUACCUAGAAUUGCAGUCACACCAUCCACCGUCGAGCGCCCCAGACAGGGACCCUAUUAGGGUGCUGGUGAAGGGUGAUGGUAACCCGGUAACACUCGUGGACGGAGGUGGGCCCUUACACGUCCAAAACGCUGAUGGGGUGUCCUUUGUGGCCGAUGUUCCAGAAGUUACAGCUACAGACAUGCCUGCCGUGCGUGAUUUACCAAUGACAGUUAAGAGCAAAAAAAAUAAAAUUAACCAUAUCAUUGUUGAUAGUGCUGGUAACCCUACAAAGGUAAAAGACGGCAGUGGCGUGUUAGUAGUAUCAAAAACUGCUGAAACCUCCGAUGAGGCUUCUCCGGAAGAAAAUUCGUCCUACUCCCGACGAAGAAAAUCGCGGUCUUCGUCAAACGCUGUCGUUGAUGGAAACGAUAUAACGGUAACCUUAGUCGAUGCCUCUCAUGUCGACGUAGAUAUAGUAGAUAUAUCGGGCAACAAAAUCGAUGUAGUGGCCGGCGAUCAUAUUCUAAAUAUCGGAGAAUCCACAAUGGCUACAGUAGAGUUCGUUGAGGGUAGACCCGUGGUCCGGGAUGAAAAUGGCAGAAUUCUGUUGGACAAAAUGGGUUCACCUUUAACUGUUAAGCCGGCAAGUAACACGCAACCAUUGCCAGCUGUCUAUAGUAUUGUCGAUGGAAAGUAUAAACCAGUUAAUUUAGUGGCAAGUGACGGUACACCUGUGCAUGUUUGUGAUUCUAAUGGCAACGAACUUGCGCUAAAUGGAGGCGGCUCAGAUUUGGAGGUAUCUCGGGAAACGGUUUCUAUUAUGAAGAGGUCAUCAGGGGAAGACCUUCUCUUGCAGAAUGGCGAAGCCUUAGCAGAUGAAGACGGAAUGCUGCUGAAGGCCACAUCCGUGAACACGCGACACUACUCUGAGGUUUCCACAAACGUCUUGGUGGAUGGAGAUAGCAACGCCGUAAACUUGUUGAGCAUAAAUGGCUCUCCAAUCACGGUUAUCGACGAUAGUGAUAAUGUAGUUACCGUUAAAACUGGAAAUAAAAAUAUAACGAUAGCUGAUUUCAACGUAACCGUUCUACUUGAAAACGCUAUGAUGGUUCUAAAGAAAGCAUCAGGAGAACUAGUGGUCGAUGAAAAUGGUUUGCCAGUCACUCUUGUACCUGAACAUAGAUCUAGGCGGAGACGCUCUUUAGCCAGUGAAGGCCACGGGAUCACGGAUUCUCAUGAAAAUACAGUGACUCUAACUGACGUCCACGGGGUUCCAGUAACACUGAAUGAUGGAAAGGGUAACAUCGUGAAACCUGUAGCUGGAGAAAUCAUAAUGGAAACGGGGACUGCAACAGCUUUUAUUGUUGAAACUAAUGAAGGAAAACGACUUACAGAUGAAAAUGGGAACUUUAUUGUCGACAGUGAAGGAUAUGCUCUUGCAUUUGUCCCCACAAAUGAAAUCGUUUCAUCACAAGUAACCAACGUAAUUGUAGACGGAACCAACAACACUGUGCAGUUACUGAGUGUGAGAGGUUCUCCUAUUACUAUUGUUGAUGGGCAGGGUAACGACGUAGCCGUGAAAGAUGGAGAUGUUCAAAUAGUGAAAAAUACCGAGACAGCCAUGAUAAUGGAUAUGGUCGAGGACACAGAAAUGCUGGUGGAUUCUUCCGGUAGUAUACUGACAGACUUAAAUGGGAAGAAUUUGAGGAUAAUGGCAGAAAGGAAGAAAGCACAGAAGGUUGUGGCGAAUAUCCUUGUCAAUGGCGAAGGCAAUACAGUAACACUCUCAACCUUAGAAGGAACACCUGUAACAUUGCUCGAUAACGAAGAGGUGGUGGUCACGAUGGCAGGCGAGGUUCAGCUUGCUGUGGAUGGCACCGACACUGCUAGAGUUCGACGAUCAUCGUCUGAAGUAAACGUUGUUGAUGAGAGAGAUUAUCUUUUGGCUGACGACAAAGGAAAGCUUCUAACUAUGAAAAAGGUUGGCGAGCACAAGCAAACCUCUGUAGCUGCAAAUAUGCUAGUUGAUGGAGAAGGGAACUCUGUAACCCUGAUAGACUUGAAUGACUCUCCUAUAACUGUUGUUGAUGAUUCUGGCAAUAACAUCGCCCUCGCCACGGGAGAGAAGACUCUCAAGGUCGAGAUGGCUGGCCAUUUACAGGUCAUGGAGACGGCAGACGAAGACUCGCGCUCCCUUGAGAACGAUGGCGCCAAGACCAAGCAGAAGCUGCUGGUUGACGACGCCGGCAACCCAGUGCACAGCGAAAAGGGCCCCAUCCAAGUUGUCCCAACAAACAACGUAGACUUCGUAGCCACAGAAGCUGAGAACUUCCUUGAAGUGACGGAAGAAUUCGUCGAAGCGAGUUUCAGCCUUCAGCGCCUUUCUGCAGUUGUGAAGCACGAACAGCAUCUUCUACAACUUAAUCUUGUGCGGGAAUCGUCCACUAUGAAAUCUAGGGAUUACGAGAGCUUUGUUGAGGAGAUAAAUGUGUUUGUAGAUGUGGUAGGGAAGCUUCAAGCAAAGUGCCUUAAGAAGAUAAUGCAGCUCCUGGGGAAAGAACCUGGAUCGCACGAGGGGGAAGCAUAUGCAUUACUGGAAGAAGUGAAUGAAAUAUUACCAAAUAAUAUCCCAUAGACUAAUCAACGGGUUGUAUACUGUCUUUAAUCUAUAACUGUAAUAUGUAUAAAGUGUUUCAUUACUUCUAUAUGAUAUUUAAGAAUUCGUAUAUGAUCACUAUAUAAUGAUUCUACCAAUUCUACUUCACCCUUCCCUCGUCUCGUCCCCCGUGACUGUUUUUUCUAGUUGAGUAGUCAUCGAAGCUAAGCAAUACCAUGUACACGAAAUCUUACAAACAAAGCAGUGCAGAAAAUUAAUACUGUGGUAAACAGUGCCCAAAUGACCAAUCAAACCAAACAUUUAAACUUUGACUUGAGUUCAAGGGAGGGAGGGAGGAAGGAGUGUAGGGAGACCAUGAGGAGGAGGAGGAGGGUGGAUGGAUGUCGCCAGUCACUUUGUGUAGAGGGAAUGGGCGAAUGAUAGGGAUGGGCAUGGUUUCUUGUCAUGACUAGAUAUUUUUGAAUGUCCUCAAGAGUUCCUGAAGGGGAAACGAUUGGGGAGGUCUGAGAAAUGAAGGUUGUCUUACGAGGGGAAGAAAAGGGGAUAGGCAUCAGAGGAAGAGGUAGGUAUAGAUGAUUGAAUUGUCUGAUGCGAUGGGUAGAGCGAGAAAGUGUAGACCUAGGAAGUGGUAUUGAAUAAGCUGCUACUAGGGGUACAUGGACAGUAAAAAUUAGUAAUAAGGAAGGAGGGAGUUGAAAAUGAAGAAUGUGAUGGAUGAAUGUUGGCCACUAGAGCUCGAUGCCCCCAAUAAGGGUACAAAAAUAAUUGGCAAUGGUAAGCCUGGAGUAUGUGGGGAAGAGAAAUGGUUCACCCCUCAGGGUCCCCGCGAUGGGUAAGGGCUAGGCAACUGAACGGGAAUACCAUGUCCAUGGCUCCCUGAGGCUGUUCAAGACUGACCCAAAGCGAGCCUUUGAUCCCUUCAACUCCGCUCUCAUCUCUUAGGAAGUGGGCAGAAAGGGUUUGGGAAGAGGAAAGGAAAUUGGGUGAAGACUGCAAAAUUGGUUGAGCCAGGGCUGUAGCCCAAGGUAGGGGAUAUCCCUAAUAUGGGGCCUCUCUUGAGUCCCCCCCCCCCCCACAACUAAGAGCAUAGGAUGGGCGGAGGGCUGCUUGUGUAGACAGGCCUUAACUACCGCUGUAACAAACCUGAAAUAUAUCCAGUGUCUCAUGUGUUCAUUUGUUUGUAUAUUUGUAACUUUUGUUCUUUUUAACAGUAAUUAUUUAUUUUUUUCAUGUUAGAUACAGAAUAUAUAACAUUUUCUUCAGUUCCAAUCUGCAGGCUUUACAUUAAUGUAUAUUCAAUAAUGGCAUUGAUCAAAAUAUUCAAGUAAAGGAUUGUUGAAUUCAGUAUAUAUAGGAUUGCUGCUAUGAUUACUCAUUAAAAUUUAUUUAUUGGGAUAUACCCAUUGCUUCUUGCAAUGAUUUCAAGAUGAGCAACUUUCUGUGUCAGAUGUCCUGAUAAAUUCUGCAGCCGAUGGAACUUGUUGCUCUAAGCUACCUGCAGCUAGCACAGUAUACAUGCAUCAAAGGAAUAAAAGCAGUCAUAUCCAAAAUACAGAUUUUGAACUAUAUACUGAUUUUCUCCUCAAGUACCAUAAGUUUAGCAAGUUGCUACAUUAACCAUACAAGUUAUUGGUCUCUGCAUAUACCUUGAUUAUUAAUCAAGAUAUCAAUAAUUACCAAUAAUUACAAAGCAAGCUUUAGUUCUCCAUUAAAAUAUAUUCUUGGUGAAAAAACACUAGCAAAUAUGCAUGAUCUGCACAUUUAGUUAUGCUAGCAUCAGUGCAAGAUUCUGGCACAUCUGACUAUUAUUUAAAACUGUCAAAAAUCGAGUUACAUUAUUCUUGAAAUAUGGGUAAUGUGAAUACAAUAAAACCAAAGUAAAUCUUA